GAAGGGCAGGGCUUGGACGGCGGAGGCCCUGCCCAAAUGUGUCAACUUCGGAGAGCGGCUCUACUAGGUUCUUGCAUAGUUGCCAGCGGCGGCGGUGGCAGGAGCCCGAGAAGCAUUUCAGUGGGAGCAGGGGAGCGAUGGAAGCCGAAUAGCAUCAGGAUACCCUUCUUCUUUCUGCAAAAGUUGGAUCAUUCCACAAACUGGAUAUAAUUAACCAAAAGGAGUUUGUGUUUUGGAAAUUCUCUAACCUCUAAUAUAUAUAUAUCCAAAGGCAGCAUGCUGUGAUGGGGCUUUUGUGAGUUUAGCUUGCCUGCCAUGCACCCUACAGGGAGUGUAGAUUCCAGUUUUUCCCGUACGGCUGUGCAAACACUGUCCCGUAGCCACUGCCGGAACAUAAAGCAAAAGAUUUCUCAGUGGGAAGGUCGGACAAAAGGGGUCUGCCAGGAAGAAAGGCAGAAACUGAAGGAUUUUGGGGUCAGAUAUGGCCUGGACAGCAGGGAAAAGCCAUCAACUCUUGCACCGGACAAGAGUAUAGAAGCAAAUGUUCAGCGUUUAGGCUUAGAUUUGUGGGAAAACUCUAAUCUUGGCUCUGUGACCGAGGAGGAAGAGGAGGAGGAUGACCACCAUUUCCAAGAGAUUUCCAGAAACCAUUCAGUGGAGCAACUUUCUAGUGACACUUUAUCUGAAGCAGCAGAUACUACAGAAUGGCCACGGGAGAAACUGCCCCCUGGGAAUUUCUACACCUCACGAGGCCUAUGGAAACAGAUGGAAAUUCUUCCUUUUGAUGGAGAAGCUUCUGUUGCACUGGACUUAAAAAGGAAACGGGAAAGCUGUGGUUCGACCGAGAAGGAGCUGAAUGUAGCUCCAGCAAAGAGCCUGGAGACAAUAUAUUAUGAUGUGGAAGGUCAGGAAAGGCAGCCAGCCAUCAACCCAGUGCCCAAACCGCAGAGGACUUUCCGUUACCAUUCUGAGAAGGACCAGGCAAACUUCGCUAAUGGAUACCACAGCAAUAAGAAGCCACUGGAACAGCUGUGUAAUGGGAGCUAUCCUGCAACUGCUUCCUGUGAGUCUGGCCGCAGAACAGGCAGCAGAGGAAUCCGAGGCAGAUCUAAGAGAAAGUCCUUUGAAUUUGAGGACAUCCAAAGUUAUCGAAACAGACUAGCAGCCAUCGAGUACCAAAAGCUUCAUGAAGAGCUAAAUGGCACCACACGUGUCUGUCUCUAUUGCACGCAGUCAGAGGACAACCUCUAUGAGGAUAUUAUUGAUCCUGCAAAAGAGAAUCCCUAUGAGGAUAUUAAAGUGAAACCUUUGUGGAGGAUCCCAUCUAAUUGGAAACUGCCUCCUCCCCGAAAUACCUUCAAGCCACCCAAGCUUCUCCACAAGCCGCACUUCUUUCACCGUAAAACCUUGGAGCUAAAGAACACACGGAUCUGUUUGCGCGGGAAGUUGCCGAAAGAUUCAACGCUACCUGUUACGUUAACCGAAUGGAAGUUCUUCAAAGCAGGAGAUGUUGGAAGCAGGAAGAGAAAAAAUCUUCCCCGGCUUGUAUUGAAGAUACAAGAGAUCUUUGAUUCCAGACGAGGAAAGAAACGUGUGAAGUUGGUGGUACAAACUGGAAAAGAACUUUCUCCAGCCAGAGGUGAAACCAGUGGAUAUGAGAGUGAACCAGAGAAUCUCCCGAAAAGUCGCCAUAAGCGCCUUCUGCAGGUCCAGGCUCAGUCCAAACGGAAUCCACAUUACCAGACAUUGGAGCGAGAUCUCAUUGAGUUCCAGGAGCAGCAGCUCUUUGAGCUGUUCGUUGUGGUAUCUCUGCAGAAGAAACCAUCAGAGGCAACAUAUACCCCACAGGUUAUACAACAGUUUCCAUGUAAGUCUGACCAUCCUUUUCGUCAAUCUAAGGACACUGAAGACAGACUAAAGGUCAUUCCCAGAUUUUGUUUCCCUGAUCCCAAAGAUUGGUGUCCAACCUCAGAAACAAAGAGUGAAACCUUUUCCUUUGUGCUAACUGGUGAGGAUGGCAGCCGCUGGUUUGGAUAUUGCAAAAGGCUCUUGCCAGAAGGAAAAGGAAAGCUGCUACCUGAGGUCUACUGCAUGGUUAGCCGUCUAGGCUGCUUCAACCUUUUUUCUAAGAUAUUAGAUGAAGUGGAGAAGAGGCGUGAGAUGUCUCCUGCCCUAGUUCACCCAUUCAUGCGCAGCGUUAUGGAAGCACCAUUCCCUGCUCCUGGGCGUACCAUCACUGUGAAGAGCUUCCUGCCCGGAGCUGGCAAUGAGGUGAUUGAGCUUUGCCGUCCACUGGAUUCCCGAUUAGAACACGUAGAUUUUGAAUGUCUCUUAAAGUGCCUCAGUGUCUCUAAUUUGAUCCAAGUUUGUGCUUCUCUUCUGCUAGAAAGAAGGGUGAUCUUUGUUGCUGACAAUCUAAGUACCUUGUCCAAAUGUGGCCAUGCUGUGGUUGCAACCCUCUACCCAUUUACCUGGCAACACACUUACAUCCCUGUCCUGCCAGCCUCCAUGAUAGAUAUUGUUUGUUCACCUACUCCUUUUCUCAUUGGCAUCCUCUCCUGCUCCUUAACACAUCUCCAGGACCUGCCUAUAGAAGAGGUACUGAUCGUUGAUCUGUGUGCCGAUAAAUUUCUGCAAAAGGUUUCAGAUGAGAAUGAAAUUCUACCUCACAAGCUUCAGGCUGCACUUGUACAGAUCUUGGAAGAAAGGAAUGAAAUCUUGUCUCAGGAACGCUAUUACACACAAGGUGAUGUGACACUGGACUCUCUAGUAUCAGAGGCUUUUGUGCGCUUUUUUGUGGAAAUUGUGGGACACUAUUCUUUGCACAUGCAUGUCACUGAGAAAGGAGAGAGAGUAUUCCAGCGGGAGCCCUUCCGGAAGUCCCAUACGUCCCGCAGUGUGCGCCAUUUCCUAGAUAUCUUCAUGGAGACACAAAUGUUUGCUGGUUUCAUCCAGGACCGAGAGCUACGGAAGAGUGGGGUAAAAGGCUUGUUUGAAGUUCGUGCCUUGGAAUACUUGGAGACUAUUCCAGAGACUGAGCCAAGUGGAAUGAACAAAAUCCUUCGCAGUCUGGUCAUCAUCCCUUGCUCACUAUCACUCAAAACAGAACACUGCAGUUAUAUACUAAAGAAGCUUAAGGUUUCAGGAGCUGACAACCAUUUGCAUUUGAUCAGGUAAUAAAAUGAAGUUUCUACAAAAGAAGUGAAAAGCCAAAUGCAGAAUCACUAAGCUUUAUUUUACAAUCCUGGCAAGCCAUAAUGAGAUGGCUGUGCUGUUGUGGUAUUCUGUUAGAUUCUUCAGGUCCCACGUGAAGAACGUCAGAUGACUGGAAAAAUGAGCACCAAAUAUGAACAGCAUGCUUGGUCUCUGUUCUGCUUGAUCCGGUUGGAGAAUCACUGAGCAAAAAAUGAACUUCUGUUUACAGAGAUGAUUCAUAAAGCAGAAAUAACAGCACAAACUAUAUCCUUAUUUAUAUUGCAUGGCCGGAAAAGAUUCUCCCUUUUUCCUCGUGUUAUUAAAAGUAUGCUCAAAGCAAUCUCAAGGAUUCAGCUGGUACGUUUUAAAAAGAGGAAGAAACCAGGAAAGAACCAGGAAUCCAGCCAAGUGGCUCUGCCAAUAUUUUCUUGAGUAGAUUCUUUGCACAAGAAAGCCUUUCCUAAAGCUGGUUGGAGGUUAUAAUCUCUCCUUGACUCUAACACCAUUGCAUCAGAUAUUCUAUUGGCUUGAUCAUUCAUGUUAACUAUUGUUUGGACAUAUUACUGCAGUGUAAAGCUUUUUUUCUCACUUUUGAAAGCAAAACAAGAAAACUGUUUGCUAUGUUAGUCUUAAUUGUUGUGAAUGUACACACUGUCUAAUUACAAGUCCAUCUCAUAUAUGACAGAGGAAAUACCUCAUGCUAAAAUAUUGUUUACUUUUCAGGAGAAAACUGUUUUCCCAAAUGGAGUAUGAAUAUUUUUCAAAGUCAAGAUGUUGACAUUGAAAUAGAUUAAUUUGCUGCAGAACUGAUGUAAAGGGACAGACGAUAACUGCAUGCAGUCUAUUUUGCAGUAAAAGCUGGAAUAACAAAAUAUUCUUCUCUUGAAGCAUCAUUCUACUCUUUUCCCAUAGCUGAAUAUCAUCAACAAUAUGCUUCUUCAUCUAAUGUUAAAUCUGUCAACUGCUUUCAAUAAAUACUGAAUUUUCUUAUUAGCUA